CGCCACCUGGGCCCGCAGCUUUGCAAUUCCGCGUUAUAUACCGCAGUGGCCGCGGCGGCGGAAUGGGGCUGGACUGCAGCGCCUGUGCCUGAAUUGGACGCUCCUCGGCUUGCCGCGGAGUUCCCUGGUUCCUGGAUCCAUUCCGUCCUGCUCCAAGGUUCGCUCCAUCCUCGGUCCCCCAGCCUCUCACCCAGCUCCCCAAGCUCCAGACCUCGACCUCUGCAGAACAAAAUGGGCACAGUCAUGAAUAGCUCAGAGGAUACAGAGUCGCUGCUCCAGCCCUACAACUUCGAGCGGUUAGAGGGCUUACAGGACAUAAUCCCCUUUUUGAGGGAGUACUGGGCAACUUCAUUCCCCAUAGCUCUGAUCUACCUGCUACUCAUCUUUGUGGGGCAUAACUACAUGAAGUCACGGAAGGGCUUCAACCUGCAGGGGCCUCUCAUCCUUUGGUCCUUCUGCCUUGCAAUCUUCAGUAUCCUGGGGGCAGUGAGGACAUGGGGCUAUAUGGGGACCCUGGUACUUAGCGGUAGACUAAAGAACACUGUGUGCUUCUCCAUCUUCAUCGACGAUUCCGUAACGCAAUUCUGGUCCUGCGUCUUUCUUCUCAGCAAGAUCAUUGAACUUGGAGACACGGCCUUCAUCAUCCUACGUAAGCGGCCACUCAUCUUUGUGCACUGGUACCAUCACAGCACAGUGCUAGUGUUCACAAGCUUUGCAUACAAGAACAAGGUGGCUGCAGGCGGCUGGUUCAUGACCAUGAAUUUCGGUGUGCAUGCCAUCAUGUACACCUACUACACUCUGAGGGCUGCCAAAGUGAAGCCCCCCAGGUGGUUUCCCAGGCUCAUCACCACCCUGCAGAUCCUGCAGAUGUUUAUGGGAGCCAUUGUCGUCAUCCUGACUUACAUCUGGAGACAGGAACAGGGAUGCCACACCACAGUGGAACACUUCUUCUGGUCCUUCAUCUUGUAUACGACCUAUUUCAUCCUCUUUGCCCACUUCUUCCACAAAACCUACGUAAUGCCCAAGGUCAAAGCCAAUACCAAGAGGGAGUAAAGGGUUGGAGAAGAAGAAGGAUCCUCAGUCUCUCUCCUCCCCAGGGCCUUGAGCGGUUGGGCUUAGGUUUGGGAGAAUGAUUAGGAUGCCUUCCCUGCAUGGUUUCCCCACAGGAUGUGUGCCCCAAGGUGACAGGAAGUUAUAACAGACAAGAAGCAUCACCCCUGGGAAGCGGGUAUGAUCUAGUACUUUGAUGUUUGUUUUUAAUGUGAAGGCUGAGCAGGUCCUGAGAUGGAGUGGGACUGAGGAGGAUCCCCAGAGCUGUUAUUUAUAUUUCUAUACAAAAACCUUUCUUCUUGCUCUAUUUUUUAAUUAAAUAUCUCAACAAGA